AUGGCCACCAUCGCAGUCGCAGUCAACAGGGCCUCAUGGACCUUCCACAACUACGGCCCCCUCACAACAACAUUCACACCCGCCCCAACCUGCUCCGGCACAUCCCACAUUAAUCUCGGAACUAUCGACGACGGCUUCCCCUACAUUGUGCACAGCGUCCAAUGCGAGACAACGACCUGGCCAGACUGUGAGCCCCCGUCGACAAUUACCCCCAUGCCGACAGCCGCUCCAAGCGACGCUGAUGACGAUCCGUGGACUUCUUCCGUUGGACACUAUUACUCGCCUGGUUUGUAUUGUCCGUCCGGCUGGGAGACCGUUGGCCUUGCGGGACGGGACGGGGAUAAAUCCUAUACGACGUCUGGAGUGAUGAGUUACGGGACGAGUCACUGGUUUCCGGAUUUUGAUUAUAUGCCUACUUUGUUGGCGAAGAGUUUGAGGCCUAGUGAGACGGUGGCGAUGUGUUGUCCUAGUGGCUACACAGCUGAUCCCCUCGGCGGCUGCUUCCAGACAGUCCCCUCCUACAAACCCACAGUAGUCUGCGAUGUCUACGACCACUCUUAUCGGGCUGAGGUUGUUCCCAGUACUACGACUAUCCAUAGCUAUACGACGCACUCGGAGACGUGGAUUGGGGAUGAGUUUGCGGGCUUUGCGGACUUUUACACGCCUCUCCUGCUUGUUGAUGCGAUUACGCUGAUUCAUCAUGAGUCUGAUGUUGCUGCUACCGGGAAUGGGGGUACAACUACAGCUAUAGGAACAACCACAGGCGGUUCCGUAGUGGCAACGGGGACGGGGAAGUCUACAGGUACGGCUGCUUCGACUUCAAAUGCUGGUGUGAGGUUGGCGCCGCGGGGAUCAAGCUGGAGUGGAUUUGGUGCUGUAUUGAGUGUUUCUCUGGCUGCUACGGCGCUUGGGGCUGCUAUUAUUUUGCCUAUCUAA